UUUGCUUGCUCAUCUUCAUAUCAAGGGCAUCUGUUUUGUAAAAUAAGAUCUGAGUAACUGUUUGGCAAGCUUGUCAAAGCCUAUUUUUGGAAAGAACCUGCGAAUAGCAGAUUUCCUCCACAGCACAUUGCUUUCUCCCUUUCUAACAGGGGAUGGCAACCAUAGUGAUAUGCUUGGAUAUAAAAUACUUAAAAUUUAGUUCCAACUAAAUAUCUGAAAACUAUUCAAAUUAGUGUUUUUAUGUACAUUUAAUUUCAAAGUUUACUAUUCACAUCUGCUUUUCAAAUACACAGACAUUGACAUACUUAAUUGAUAUACUGGUCGUUAAUGUAUUAUGGGGGGAAUUUUUUUUUUUUUUUUUUUUUUACCUGAACUUUAAACCUCAACAUUACACCAGUAAUUAUUUUACCACAUUUAAGAACUUAUUUACAACCACAGGAUUUGAUUAACUAAGCUCAAGGUUAACUAGUAACUUUUAAAAAGGAAGGACUAAAAAUAAUCUGUAUGUGACCAUUACUUAAAGCACCAUCAGCUUCUUUUACUACUUUUGGUCAUGAUCGAAUUAUGCCGGUCGUAAUGCCCUUGAGAGUCUCCGAAGAAAGGAGAAAUGUUAUCAUAACAAACUAGAUGUAGUUCUUAUUUUAAGAAUUAAAACAUAAUUUGAGUGUUUUUCAGUCUGUGCUAAUGAAAAAUGUCUAGAUGAAGAAUUUAUUUCUUACAGUUGAGAUAUUCAUGGUUCCAUAUAUUUAUGGUACUUGCAGAUUGAUAUUUGGAACAUUAUAUCCAGCAUAUGCCUCAUACAAGGCAGUCCGGACCAGGAAUGUAAGAGAAUAUGUAAAAUGGAUGAUGUAUUGGAUUGUUUUCGCUCUCUUCACCAGUUUCGAGACUUUCUCUGAUUGCAUUUUAUCAUGGCUUCCAUUUUAUUACGAAAUAAAAAUAGUAUUCGUACUAUGGUUGUUGUCUCCUGUUACCAAGGGAUCCAGUUUCUUGUACAGAAAAUUUGUUCAUCCACAACUUAUAAAGAGAGAGAAAGAAAUAGAUGACUAUUUAGCACAUGCAAGAGAUGCUGGCUACUCUACAGUGCUACAGCUCGGCCACCGAGGAAUUAGGUACGCAACUAAUGUCAUUGUCAAGACAGCCAUACAAGGCCAAGCUCGGAUUGCCAAUCACAUAUAUAAAAGCUACAGUAUGAGUGACUUGUCCGAUGGGUAUGGCGAACCUCGAUCAAGAAGCAGAAUUGGAUCGAUUCCUGAAAACGAUGAAGAUGAAGAUGAAUUAGUCACACCAAAAUCUGCUAGUAACAAUAGAUUACGUGAAGACAACCAAGAGUUAGAAAAACGCAUCAAAAAAGAAAAAGAUUCUAAGUAUCUCACUGAAGAAGAACUAGAAAGUAGACAGAUGCAAAAUAUUGCACCUCGAGGAAAAGCAGAUUUAUACAGUGUCCCUGAAGAGAGUAAUCCAUCACCGCUGUCUUCCAUGACAAAACCCUACAGCUCGUACAGCAGCCGCUAUAGUAGUGGGAGCAGCAUUGGUUAUGAUUUAAGAUCUUUGUCAAAGAAGGAGGUUCGGAGCUCUUCUUAUCUGGGUUACCCUGGCUACAGUGGGACAGGUUCCCUGCCCCGUCACCGCUAUUCCUGGUCUUCCUCCGACUAUAGCCGUGCUUGGAAACAUUAGGCACAGUUAGCUAAGUCCUGUUGCCUGAUACCCCAGGAUUUUAACUUCAUCAACAUGCGGCCAAUACGUACGGGACACUACCUCGCACUGGACAUGGAAACAAGAGCGGAAGAAAAUCUGUGCGCUGAUUGAUAGACCUCUGGCUGUACUGAAACUGUAUCACCUCGUUGCUUUUGACAGCCUUCUCUUUCUGUGCCCAUUCACUCAGCUAUCCAUCCAUCUUUGUCCAACUACUUUAAUUAACAUGUCCAAACACCACAUCUGAUGCUGAUGACAAACAACUACUUCUAUUACACUAUUACUGCUGCUACCGCUUUUAUUUAUUCUUCUAAAUUACAGAACAUAAUCGAUUACUACAUUUGUUGUUAUUUAUUAUUAUGAUUAUUAUCAUUUUUAUAACUGAUUUGCCUGACAAGCUGUAAAACUUAUCCCCAGUUAUAAUCAUUUUUAAGUUGUAAAGUUUCAGUUCACCUACGCUCCAUCUUUUAACACUUAUUUUACAGUGUAGAUAAAUAUUGAAAGACUAAUUACUCUUAGCCACAUUUUUCCACCAUUAACAACAACACUUGUAGUAACAUUCUUUAUUUAACAUAGAACUUGCUUCUUUGAUUUCUCUUAUCUGAGUUGAGUGUAUAUAUGUCAAUAUUUAUGAAUGCACAGUAUGUGUGUGUAACAGUGAAAGCUAGCAAAUAUGUCAAUCACACAUGAGUAUGUGUGUGCGUAUGUUUCUGUCUAAAUGUUUGUGGGCAAAUAUGUGUAUGUAUGUGUACAUGCUUAUUCCUAAUUUUUUCUUUUUUUUUCUUUUCUUUUUGCACAACCUUUCGUUUUAACAUUUAACUUAACAUAAUUAUUAUAAAUUUUCAUUUACAACUUUUUAAGGAGUUUUAGUGACAAAAUCUUUUUUAUUUAUUUAUCUAUUUAUUUUUUGAAUUCCACCUGUAAAUAUAUUGCUGUAUGUAUUUAUAUACACACAUACACACAACUGAAUACACAAUCAGUUGUUUCUUUCUUUUUUUUCUUUCUUCUUUUUUUUUUUUUUUUGUACAUAGUCAUGUAUUGAAAUAACUGUUUGAAUAAAAUUAUAGAACUUUUAUACACAUGUAGAUUGUGUAACCGAUAUCCUCAAAUUCUUUGACAAAUAAAAUGCAUGAAUCAUGAUUGGAAUGGGAAGAUGGAAGUCUCAGUAAGACCUCAGUGUUUGUAUAUUGUAUUUGAUAAAUCACCUGUGAUACAUUCCAAACUUUGCCAUAAUCAAGAGAUAAACUGCUGUGGGGAAACUGGUAACUCAAGAAAAUGAGAGAGAAAAAUAGAGAAAUCAAAUGGCAAAUAUCUAUUAAUCUUCUAUGGCCAAGAGUAGUAGAAUUAUUUUUCCUUACUUUUUUCCUUUCUUUUUUUUUUUUUUUUUUUUUUUUUUUUUUUUUUUUUACAACUUCAGUGAAACUUUUUUUUUCCCUAUAAACUUUUGGUUAUGUCAAACAUUCCACUUCUCCUAUAAUUCCUCUUUCACCCACCUAGAUUUUUCGCUUAUUGCUAUUCUUUAAUUUUUUUUUUUUUUAAUAAAAAAUUUUGGCUUAUAAAUAAUACACUAACUUAACACACAGCAUAUAUGUCCUCACCUAACCCUAUAUUUAUAUUUACUUUACAGUGCUCAUCUUUCAUUCAUCCCUUUUAAUAUUUGUUAAUUCAGUUGUGGGGGGGGGUUUUUGUGGGGUUUUUUUUUUUUUUUUUUUUUAAAUAAUAAAUUCAAGUAGCGGGAUGAUUUCUAUCAUUGUCACCGUCCAUCAUCCUCAAACUGAUUGUUCAUGUGAUGCUAUUAUUGUUUCGAAAACAAAUGUAUUUUUUUAUAAUCUAAUAUCAGUUGCAGCGGUUGCACAGGUUGAUUGGUUUUGUUUUAAUUGUUACUAUUAUUAUUACCACUAUCCCUGUUAAUACUUUCGGUAUCUUACCUGUCAGAUUGUUUUAUUUUUAUCAAUGAGUUGUGAUUAAUUACUUUAAAAGUGCAUUUAAGUAUAUUACAUUUGUAUGUGUGUGUAUACAUAUAUAUAUAAACAUACAUACAUACAUACAUACAUAUAUAUGUAUAUAUGCACACACGCACACACAAUUAGUUUACGAAAAAAAAAUUUGUUUUUGUUCUUUUAGACAAACUCUGUAAUGAAUAACUGAAAAUACCAACUGCUGUUUUCUUCUCCUUUCUGCCUGCUUUAUCCAAACGUUAUGUUUUACUAUUUUUUCUUUAACGAAUAAAAGUCAUAAGGAUAUUCAUGUACAUUUGAGCUCGUUGUUAAUGGCAUAAUUUGAGAAGGCUUCAUAUAUAUUUAUAACAGUGUGUUUUUUAUCUUUAAACUUUUUUUUUGUACUUAGAAAAAAAAAUUUGCUUUCAUUUUCUGUUUUAUUUUUACCAUGUCUUUCGUAAUAAAAUUUUAUUUUAACAUAAUUUCUGCAUUUAUACAUACUCUAUUCUGCAAUCUCAUUUCUGAUAAUCUGUUUUUUCAAAAAUAAUAAUUGAGGAAUCAUUGUAAAUAAAGGAAUUAAAUCAUUGUGUGCCAUUAAUAGUGGACUCUAUAACUGUAGUAGCAUCAUAACCAUUAAUAAGUUUUUAUAUAUAUAUAUAUAUAUAUAUAUUGCCACCCAUAGUUUCUAGGUUAAACUUGAAACUAAUAUCUCAGAUAAGUUUCAGUUAGAAAACCCAACUAAUUCUUUCCUUGUUUUCCAUACACUCAAGAAUUGUUUUCCUUUUCUUCAUUUAAUUGGGGGUAUUUUUUAAAAUUCUGCCUUAACUCAAAUUCAAUCUAUUCUUUAAAUAUCAUGUUAGCUUGCAUAUAAAUCGCCCUCAAUCUGUAAGAUAAUGUAGUUCCAAAACCAAAGGAUUUUCAUGGCUAGCAUGCACUUAAAUCAUAGGCCUACUUAAUUAGGGUUGGUCCGAGGUAAAACAGCAAAUGGGGUGCUGAAUAUAAAUAAGGUCUUGGAAUUUUAAAAUUAAGAAUCUUUUUGAUCUUGUCAAAAUAACUGAACACAAGUUAUUCCAGAUAGGAAACAAAAUUAUCAAAAGUGAAAUCUUUAGAAGCAAACAAAUAUAUAUUAAGGAAUCACACACUCUUGUAUUACAAUAUCCACAGACUUUAUUAAAGUCCUGUCUGGGUAGCCAGUUUCUUGCAAAAUAUGUCAACUUGGUUAGAAUAGUUUACUAACACUGUAAAUAAGCAAAAAUAACUGGCUGAGAGAUCAAAUUCAAUUUUAUACUUGAAUUCUCUUUCGUGCAAGUGGCUUUUGUGAUUUCACAACAUCUUUACAUUGCACACACCAACUCUUUUUAAUGGUAAUAUUUGCUUGGACCUUGCUACAUACAGUUCAUUUUAUCUUCACUUUCUAACCCAUUUAAACACUACAUACAACCGGUUGAUUUUUUUUUUUUUU